UCGCGGUGCUGGAUGUUUUAUUUGAGCAGCUGCAAAUGUUUUAAACUUAUCUUAGAAAAACUGUAACACCAACCGUUUUUUUUUCUUUAAUUACCUGACCUUUGAACGGACGUGAAAUUAAUUGGCGAGUUAAAACGUUGAGUUAAAAGUUGUUAAAAGUUAUUAUAUUUUAGUUACGGUAUACUUGUCGAGAGGAAAUCUGUAUAUUCAGAGCUGGAGAUGACUUCUGGAGGUUUGGGGCUCACCGAGAGCCUGGGUCAAGACAUAAGUCAGGAGGAGUUGGACUUUUCUGACUUGUUUCUGUAUAAUCCACCUGAAGAAGAUUUUCCUGUUGGCUGUGACAAAGAUGAUCCGGGUGCUCUCCUUCAGAACGACAACCAGCCUCCUCUGUUGGUGGUCGGUGAUCCCACUGCGUACAUCUCCGCCUCCAACCAGCCUGCCUCCAGCCAAAACCCCUCCUCUCAGUGCCCCACCACAGAAAACCUGUCAGGGGCUGUGUUUGACUCCUUGGGGCUGCCAUCAAGACCGGGGAACAUACCUGCUCCAAGCCCCAGGAUUGAGAUCACUCCAUCAGGCGACUCUCUCAGCUCGCAGACCCUGGAGCUGAGCCCCAGCUCUAAAGGCCGUGCAACCUAUAGGGAGUGUGUGAGCCCUGCCAGCAGUAACUCCUCCACAGGAUGGCCAGCAGAGUCAUACUCCCCAGUGGCCUCACCUUGUGUCUCUCCUUCCAAUGCAGCUGGCUGUAGCAUGGGGGUGUCCGCCUUAGAUCUCUGUCCGGGCCUCCAGGGCAUCCAUACUUCUUCUGCCCACUCCUCUCCAGGAGCCUCACCUCUCAACAGUGUCACAGAUGAGACCUUUCUCCUGCCACAACACCAGCGUUCUGCUGCGCCACUUCCCCACCAGCGCUCCCGCUCUGCCUCACCGCAUGGAAAGCGUGCAUAUGACCAGGCCCACUCCUGUCAGGGGGGCACUCCUAUCAAGCAGCGCUCCCGAAGCCCCAGCCCCAUCCCAUCGCCUCAUGAGCAGCAGGGGUCCCACUACCUCCAACAAUUCCAGGCCCAAGCUGAGUUUCAAGCCCAAAUUCAGACCUCCUCCUUAGGCCUGGAGGAGGACUGGGGCCUCGGCUCCGGCCUAUCCAGAGCAGUGCCCUCUGUAGUGGGGCGAAAUGCACAUGGGCAGGCACAGAGACAGGACUGCGUGUAUGGACAGCUAUAUGACUGGCCCAUUGAGCAGGAGGGGAUUGGCAGGGCAGGACCCGAGGUCAAGUCUGACACCAUUUAUAUGGUCCCAGCUGUGUGGCCUCCUCCUCAUCCAGUCCAUCAUGGAGCAUUCAGUCGUCUCUCUGUGGCCCCACUUCCAUCCUUAGAGUGGCCAUUGCCCAGUCAGUCUGGUCAGUAUGAAUUACUGAUCCAGCAGCAGCCCAGAUCUCACCACAGAGCUCACUACGAGACUGAGGGUAGCCGAGGAGCUGUAAAGACACCGAAAGGGGGACAUCCGGAAGUUCAGCUCCACGGGUAUCAAGGCACGGUUCCACUGUGGCUGCAAGUCUUCAUAGGGACGGCAGAUGAGAGACUCCUGAAACCCCAUGCCUUCUAUCAGGUCCACCGCAUCACCGGGAAGACCGUCACCACGGCCAGUAAGGAGAGGAUGACAAACGGGACUAAAGUGUUGGAGAUCCCCCUGGAGCCAAAGAACCACAUGAGAGUGGUGAUUGACUGUGUAGGGAUCCUGAAGCUGAGAAACGCAGACAUCGAACUGAGGAACGGUGAGACGGACAUCGGACGAAAAAACACACGUGUGCGUUUGGUGUUUCGUGUCCACAUUCCCCAGCCUGGAGGCCAGCUUGUGUCUCUUCAAGUUUCCUCUGAUCCUAUUGAAUGCUCCCAGCGCUCAGCAAUGGAGCUGCCUGCAGUUGAGAGGCAGGACCUGGACCGAUGCUCAGUACUCGGUGGUCAACAGAUGGUCCUCACUGGACAAAAUUUCACACCUGACUCCAAGGUGAUAUUCUCUGAGAAGACGCAAGACGGGCAGCAAAUCUGGGAGGUGGAGGCCACUGUGGACAAAGACAAAACACAAGCUAACAUGCUGUUUGUUGAGGUCCCUCGGUAUCGUGACAGGACCAUUUGCCACCCAGCCAAAGUCAACUUCUAUGUCAUCAACGGGAAGAAGAAACGCAGUCAGCCCCAGCACUUCAUCUACACUCCUGUGAAAGCCAUUAAAGCCGAGCCAGUGGAUGACUAUCAGUUGAAUUCAUAUGGCUACUCAGAUAAUCAGUCACUGCCUGGUCUGACAAUGAAGUCACUCUACCAUCACCUGGAGCAGGACAACAACCUUCAAGCCUUGAAUGCUUCUCCAACACUGUACCAUCUAGCCACUGUAGACCCCAGAGCCUGCAUGUUAACACCUAAUCCAGUGGAAGACCAAACAGUCUAUUACCAGUCCAGAGCCAGCACUCUGAUUAACAGUCCCGUACUGUACCAGACUGCAAACCAACAUUACAGUAGCUGUGGUAGCACCGUUCUUGGCAGUUCCCCAAUGGCUUCCCAUGCUGCCGCCACUCCCAGCCAGUGUGUCAGUACCCUUGUGGGCAAACUGAGCGAAGGCCCUCAGGUUGGUGAUUCAUUUGAGGCCUGUUUGAUGUCGAGACAUCAGAGUUUUAUGCAGACAGCGCUGCAACUGGGGAAGUCACCACCUUCAAGAUACGUCCUAGGUCAAGCUCAAGGAAAGGCCGUAUGCAGGGUAGAGCCAAGUACAGGAAACCAUGAGGAACGGGCUCCAGAGAGGGUCACAGUCAAACAAGAGAACCUCAGCUAUGCCUACCUGGAAGAUGUGAACGACAUCAUUAGAAGGGACUUGAAAGGCCACAAUGGAGAGUGAACCUGGAGGCCUGCAGCAGCCCUGCUGUCCGUCACAUUCAAAAUUUACGCAGUAAACAUGAUCUACAGACUUCAGAAACUAUAAAUAUAAAAUCCUCUUGGAGUAAGCUUUUACUUGUAAGACUCGUAAUAAAAUAAAAAAAUUGACUGGAUUUGUGGCAGAUAUUUAAGGCAAACAAUAGAAACUAAUCCAUAAAAGGCUUAUGUUGACUUUAUUUCAAGAUUAUUCAUGUUUCUGUGAAACUAGGAUGGGUGGUUGUUCCAAGCUCAGUUCUCAGCUACAACAUUUUACAUCAAAAAUGAGUCAGCUCUGUUACUUUGUUAGCCUACAAUAUUGUCAUACAGUUUAGUCUAGCAAAGACGCGUCAUUCUAUAUACUGUGUGUCUGUAUCGUUUCUUUAUUUUAACCUGUUUAACUUCCCUCUGUUCAUA